CACUCUGCGUCGGCAGAACGCUGUGCUUUGAUUUCACACGUGAGUUGGGCUUGUUUUGAGGUUCUCAUGACAACGGUUUGGGGAAAGUUUCAAGAUGCUGCAGAAAGAGGACAAGAAGCCGUGGGAGAAGGGAGGCAACCGGAGACAACAUCCCUCUGAAGAUGGAGUUGGAGAAGACGACCAGAAGAAGAGCAGGCUCCAGGGUGCGGCGGAGCAAGGUGGAGCCGGGGAGAAGGAGACUAAGCAGCGCAGUGGAGAGUGGAAGGGCCUAGACGCCCUGAGUGUGGGCUACUUCCGACGGGUUGGAGAUAGACUCGGGCAGGCCUUUGAGGACGACGAAGAAAGAGGGAUGUUUGUGGAGAACGUGCUGGCAGAGGUGAAGGGCAAGGCUAAGGUGGUGGCCAUGGACAAGACGGGGAGUGUCACGCUGCAGCAGCUCAUGCCAUUGGCCAGCCUGGACCAAGUGGGGGCGGUGCUAGCUGAGCUGUGGACAGGGAAGGAGGAGGAGUCGGCAGCUUACAAGGCAAUGUCGUGUGACCGCUGUGCGGGUCAUGUGGUGGAGAGUGCGCUCAGACAGAUGUGUCGCUGGACAGACUCACCAGAAGAGGUUGAGGCCGGCGCCCUGGAGAGCCAAGUGUUACUGCUGAGCGCUGCGGUCAGGCAGGACCCCGUGGAGUUCAUAAAGCACCUGUACGGCUCGCACGCCGUCCGCACGCUGCUGCACGUGCUGGCGGGCUGCGUGCCCCCACCCCGCAUCGACACGCGCCCAGGAGCGAAGGGGAAGCCCGGCCCCCCGCUGCUCAUGGACUUCGAGGCUCCCGUGUCGUUCUGGUACGAGUUCAAAAGUCUGACGGAGGAGCUGAUGACCAACGUCAACGUGAGUGUGGCGGACACGGUGGCCAGUGUGGUGUUCCAGAUCAUGCUGACCGUGGCCCACAGGAAGCGACCCAAGCUCUGCAGGAAGCUCCUGGCAGGCAUCGCAGAGUACCUAGGCACCCGCAGUGCCGCGCCGGGAACCAGCCCUCUGCUGGUGUUCCUGAAGGACCAGGCAUCCAGCCGCCUCCUGGAGGUGGUCUUCAAGCUCUCCUCCAAGGCCCUGCUGCGGCAGCUCUACAGGGACCACCUGCGGGGCCACCUGGUGGACCUGGCCCUCCACAAGAUCGCCAACUUCCCCGUCCAGAGGCUGGUGGCGGCCUCGGCCAAUCUCAAAGUGUUCUCAAAGGUGUUUGACGAGCUCAACGAGGGCCUGGAGCCCAUCUUGGCUACGGGUCACAUGGGCGUAAUCGUCCAAUUGGCCGACAGCUGUGCAGAGAGUGGGCAGAAGCAAGGCGAGCUGAUGCAGCACCUCCUCAGUGCGUUUCACUGUGAGGAACCCGCCACCAGACAGGCCUGCUGCCUCCCCCUCUUCCUCUCGCUCCUCACCCACGAGGUGUACUACGCCUCUGAGACAGCAGAGGGCGAUCUAAAGAAAGAGGUCCCCCUAUCCUCCAUCUGCUACCACGGGUCCCGGCUGGUGCAGGCGCUGGCCCGGUUCCAGGACCGCUCCCUGCUGAUGGGCAGCCUUCGGGCCCUGGCCCCCGCCGACCUCGCCACCCUCAGCUCCGACCCGGCCGGCAGCCACGUGAUGCAGGCGCUGAUCACCCUGUCCAGCGACAAGGGGCGGGGCAAGAUCCUACGCAGGAUGGAGGGCCAGUUUGUCCAGAUCGCCUGCUCCAGGACGGGCAGCCGCCUGCUGGAGGCAGCCUGGAACAGCGCCUCGGUCAGCCAGCGGGAAGGCAUCGCCGCCGAGCUAGCUCCGAGCGAGACCCGGCUGCGUUCGGACCAGUUUGCACGUCACGUGUGGUCCAAUUUCGCCCUGUCCCACUUUGUGAGCCGCCGUCCACGCUGGAAGGAGAUCCAGACAGGGGAGUCCAAGAAACGCAAACUUUUUAACGAUAUUAUUGCUUAAAGUGGUCAAUUCAUGGAGAUCGUGUGUAUGGAUGUAUGGAUGUUUAUUUUUCCCAAUAAAUUGGAAUUGCAUAAAUGUA